AAUUCAGUAACUUAAUACUGAAAUAAACUCUUGGUAGUUGGGACAUAAAACAUGCUAAGGCUGAAAUGAGCACUUAGGAAUGUACACUGUAAAAGCUAGAAAUUAGAUACAUACUCCAGUAUCCUAUAAGGAAAUAUUGCUUAAAACCGCUCCACUAUGAAAUAUUGGCUGGACCAAAUGAUUGAUGCAUUAAGCAAACAUAACAUUUCAUUUCAAAGGCAAAAACAGCAAGGAAUUGUGACUUUCACAUGAUUUGUGUCGAACAAUGCAGGUUCACUUCAACCUCCUUUCUACACUUCAGCUAACGAUUCAAAAGAAACUGCCAACAAAGAAUUACAGACCAGUCUCAUCCAGUCAAUGAUAAUUAUUCGAGGCAAGGAUGAAGGAGAAGCAAACCACCACGAAGACACAAUUUUUUACAUACAAGAAAAAAUCACCGGGAUUUAUGUUCCAGAUGUUUAAAUAAAACAGUAAAAACUCAUAUGAAGGGUACAUGAAAUAAUAGCUUCGAUUAUUCUCGUUGAGACUUCAAUCAUACAAUUCUGACUAAACUUCAAACACAUCCAAAUAUGUCACAGGGCAUGUGACUUCAAGAUUAGUUUCUUGGGAUGUCUUAAGAUAAUGGUAGGCAAGAAGAUUUUGCAGCAUUUUCGACAUAGCGCUAUCCUACACAUGCAAUACACGCUUUUUGCAACGCUAUCCUACACAUGUUGAAUUAGCCACCGAUGAAAUAACCACCCAACAAAUGCUUGAAAGAAUGAUACACGAUUGACAAAAAAAUAGCUCCUCCGGAAUCAGCCUCGCUGAUGAAUAUUAAUUUUCCUAAAUUGGCACUAAAGUGUGCCAUUGAGCAGACAGAGAAAGGGAAGAGCAUCCGUCUGUCGAGAGAGAUAGAGGAGGCCAUUAUUGUGAGGGGUUUUAGUUUGGGUAAAUUUGAUAUAUGCCACUAUAAAGUUUCCAGUUCUGAAAUAUGCCAUUACUAUUCUUUGAUUUAGAAACAUGCCACUAAAAGUUCACAUGCUUUGAAAUAUGCCAUUGCAUACCCUUUUGGAGGAUUAGACAUCGUAAUAUGUAUGUAUACCUCUUCAUAAUUUGUACAUGGACAAAAGUACCCCUUGGUCAACUCAACGACACCACCGAUUCAACAGAUCAAAAAAAAAGAACAGCCCCGAUCCCCUUUUCGUAUCGUCUUUCUCUGUCUCCUCGCCCCUGCUCCCGGCCGCUGAGCCUCCACUCCCGCCGCCGCGCCUCCACUGCUCCCGGCCGCCGCACCUUGAUCCGCCGCACCUGGCCUCCUCCUCCUCCAUUUUUUACCCCCGCAGCCGCGCCCAGCUCUCAUGAGUCCUGACCAACGCCCCUGCUCGUAUCCUCUCUGUAAACCUAGACGAGCAACAUGGAGGUAACCAGUGGUGAUGGUGGUGGUGGGAGGAGCGUUUGAUUCCCGCAACUCUACGUGUGGAGCAUGGAAGAAUCCAGCCCCAUUCCCCCUUCCUUGGCAGAGUGUUGAAAUGGGUUGUCGACCGCAAGUCGUUGACUGUGGAUGCUAUGAUGUUCCAAGCUGCAUAUGCUGGUGUGAUUGCACCAAUGACAGAUAAAUCAGAGUGGCCGGAAGUUGAUCUAGGAUUUAAGGUACACCCUCCUGUACAAACGAAGAAUGUGCCUGGUAGGCCUAGGAAGGUGAGGAUUAGAGGUUGGAUGGAACCUAUGAGAAGAACAGUUAAAUGCAAGAGAAGUAAAGGAUUUGGUCAUCAUCAGAAAACUUGCAAACUUCCUUUUAAAUUAGACGAUAAAGAGGAAGAAGAGCCAGAUGAUGGGGAGCAAGAAAAGCCAGAUGAUGUAGAGAAACAAGAAAAGCCCGAUGAUGGAGAGCAACAAGGACUAGACGGUGGAGAGCAAAAAGCAAGUGAGGAGGUGGAUCCAGCCCCUAAAGAGGUGCAACCAGCCACGAAAAGGAAGAAGGUUGCAGCAAAAUCCACAACUCAAGGAGCUUCUCAAGCAAAAGGCAAGAAGAACAUUGUAUCAAACUCAACUAAAACUCCAGCUGAAGGCAAGAAAAAGGCAGCAGCUAAAUCCCCAUCAAAUGGCAAGGAAAAAGUAGUUCAAACAAGCUCAGGUAAAUCCCCAACAAAGGGUGGGAAGAGAAAGCCAAAGGGUACUACACCUACAAAGGAAAAUGGGUCUGCAACCAUUAGAGUGACGCCAGAAGUCGGAACCAAAAGGAAGUUGAAUGAUUUGAUUAGAGAGUAGUAGUUGCUUGUAAUUUGUGUUUUCAUCUUUCAAAACCAUCAUGUGACAAUUGAUUCUCUGAACUGGUCAUGAUUUGUGUAAUGUUAUUUUGCCCAGAAUUGGGGGAAUUUAGGAUGUGAACUGAUGCUAUUUGGCCAAGUGGUGUGAUAUUUAAGUCAAGUUGCCAAUUGAUGCAUACCAGUACGAGCAUGUGCUGUCAAUUUUGCUUCAUGUUGCUACAGACUUCAGGUUUUGCAUCUGCUAAUCAUAUACUUCUAUACAUCAUCAUUUCUAUAGCUAACCUUAAUUGGAACAGCAAGCAAUGCAUUCCAGUACAAGUAGAUGCUGUCAAAUUUGCUUCAGUAGCUACAGGCUUCAGGUUCUGCAUCUGCCAGACAUUGCUACAGGCUAUCUGUUUGCCCAACACGCAUCACUGCCUGCCGCCGUCGUUAGCGUCGCAAACACCAGUACCAGCGGCGAGCCAUGAACAGCGAGGAGCCGCACGCGACAUGCACACGUCCAUGCUACCCUUCGCGGCCAGGUGCAUCGCCGUUGUGCCGUUGUUCUCGGCCUUCGUUAGUGCCAAGCACCAGCGACGAGCGGUGAACAGCAAGGCGUGCAGAAUAGAGAUGUUGGGCGAGGGCAGCACUCUGGACCAGCAGCUAUGAGGAACUGGAGGAGGUGGCGGCUGGGAGUAGCGCCGCCGCCGGCGGCGGUGGCGGGAGCAGAUUUGAGAGACGAGAGAAAAAGGAAUCAGGAGUGGCAGGUGUUGACUUGGCCAAGGGGCAGCUUUGUCCAUGUACCAAAUACAAAA